AUGCGCCGUCUUCAGCUCUUGGGCUUAUUGGCCCUGCUUCCUGCUGCGCUCGGCCAUCCGGAGGCUAGCCGUGUCCGGCGCGAGGGGGAGGUGGUGAAGAGGUCUGUCGACUCCUUCAUCGCCACCGAGAGCCCCAUUGCCUUGUCCAACCUGCUCUGUAACAUCGGCUCAACUGGCUGCCAUGCUUCUGGCGUCGCCUCGGGUAUCGUCGUUGCGUCCCCGGACAAGACGAACCCGGACUACUGGUAUACUUGGACUAGAGACAGCGCGCUCACCUUCAAGUGCGUUGUCGACACCUUCACCAACAGCUACGAUGCCUCGCUCCAGGCGGAGAUCCAGAACUACAUCGUCGCGCAGGCCCAUCUGCAGGGCGUCUCGAACCCGUCCGGCAGCCUCUCGGACGGUUCCGGCCUGGGAGAACCCAAGUUCAACGUCGACAUGAGCCAGUUCACGGGCGCCUGGGGUCGACCACAGAGAGACGGUCCGGCUCUCCGGGCGAUCGCCCUGAUCGCUUACUCAAAGUGGCUGAUCAGCAACGGGUACACUUCGACUGCGUCGAGCAUCGUCUGGCCCGUCAUCAAGAACGAUCUGGCAUACGUUGCCCAGUACUGGAACAACACAGGUUUCGAUCUUUGGGAGGAAGUCUCUGGCAGUUCCUUCUUCACGGUCGCCAACCAACACAGAGCAUUGGUGGAGGGUGCCGCCCUUGCCACGUCGCUCGGUACUUCUUGCAGUGCCUGCUCUGCCGUCGCGCCCCAGAUCCUGUGCUUCCUGCAGAGCUUCUGGUCGCCCUCCAGCGGCUAUAUUCUCGCCAACAUCAACGAGAACAACGGCCGCAGCGCCAAGGACGCGAACACAUUGCUGGGCUCGAUUCACACGUUUGAUCCCGCCGCGGGCUGCGACGCGGCGACUUUCCAGCCCUGCAGUGACCGGGCGCUGGCCAACCACAAGGUCGUGACCGACGCGUUCCGGUCCAUCUACUCCAUCAACUCCGGCAUUGCCGAGGGCAGCGCCGUCGCGGUCGGCCGCUAUCCCGAGGACAGCUACUUCGGCGGCAACCCCUGGUACCUCAACACACUGGCCGCCGCCGAGCAGCUGUACGAUGCCCUCUACGUCUGGAAGAAGCAGGGCUCCAUCACCGUCACAUCGACGUCGCUGGCCUUCUUCAAAGACUUCUCGUCGUCCAUCACCCCGGGCACGUACUCCUCCAGCACGUCGACGUACACAACCCUGUACAACGCCAUCUCGGCGUACGCCGACGGCUACAUGAACAUCGUCGCCCAGUACGCGCAGACCAACGGCUCGCUGUCGGAGCAGUUCUCCAAGACCAACGGCGAGCCGCUCUCCGCCUACGACCUGACCUGGUCCUACGCGGCCUUCCUCACGGCAGCGGCCCGCCGCGCCGGCGUCGUGCCCCCCUCCUGGGGCGCCGCCUCGGCCAACAGCGUCCCGGCGCAGUGCUCCGCCACCUCCGUCGUCGGCUCCUACACCUCCGCGACCGCGACCUCCUUCCCGCCGUCGCAGACCCCGGCAUCCAGCACCUCCGCCGGCUCCAGCCCCGCUUCUUCCACCACCGCCACCGCCACCGCCUGCUCCACCCCGACCGCCGUCGCCGUCACCUUCAACGAGCGCGUGACCACCCAGUGGGGCCAGACGAUCAAGGUGGUCGGCGACGCGGCCGCGCUCGGCGGCUGGGACACCAGCAAGGCCGUGCCGCUCAGCGCCGCCGGCUACACCGCCAGCGACCCGCUGUGGUCGGGCACCGUCGACCUGCCCGCCGGCCUGGCCGUGCAGUACAAGUACAUCAACGUGGCGGCCGACGGGGGCGUCACGUGGGAGGCGGAUCCGAAUCAUUCGUUUACGGUGCCGGCUGCGUGCGGGACCACGGCGGUAACCAGGGAUGAUACCUGGCAGUAA